AUGCUGCAGCUCAAUUCGGAUCAUCAUUUCCACUUCGAACUCCUGCGUGUACUUGCGACCACGAGGACGUACGGAGCAGAUGUCGCUGAGGUGCUGAAUGUUUGCGAGCGUAUCAAGCCUGGAGACUUCGAGAGCUGGUACGAUGAAUUCCAUAAACUCGCGUUGUGGGUUGAGUCGUCGAUCAGUGAGAAACGUGUCCACGACAAAAUCACUCUGCGAGACGCGUACUUCCGGAUUGCGCGCUAUCACUUUUCGUCAUCGUUCUUUCUGACCGGGGAUCCAUCAGACGUGCGCAACUUUGACACCUGGAAGCUGUGGACCAGCUACUUUGAUAAAGCCGCAAGCCUGCUUGAUACACCGGCGGAGCGAUUCACCCUCGAUGCGGGCGACUUCAAAAUUCCCUUGAUAUUGCUACGAGCUACGACGGGUGACAGCCCACGGCCAGUUCUGAUCAUGAGCAACGGCUUGGAUGGCUCGCAAGAGGAGAUGCUUCACUUUCACGCUUCGCCGCCCUUGAGCGAGAAAAUGGGCUUCAUCAAUGAGUGGGAGCGCGUCGUGAGCCCCAUUGUGGACUGGCUUGAGCCACAAAGUUUUGUCGACCCAAGGAAGAUCGGUCUCCUCGGCGUGUCAUUAGCAGGAUAUCUAGCCGUGCGGGCUGCAGCCUUUGAACACCGGCUCGCCGCCGUCAUUCUCAAUGACGCCAUAUUUGAUGUCUCUCAUGGUGUUGAGAUCAUCAUUGGCGAAAAGGCUAUGCAGUACGAAGCGGCUGGCGAUAUCGAUGCGUUCCAUCGACAAAUUGAAGAGGAGGGCCGCACAAACACCAAGUUACGCUGGCUGACGAAUCAGCUCCGAUGGGCGUAUGCUACCAAAACUACACAUGAAGCCCUUCAGCAGGUCAGAAGAAUGACUCUCGUUGGUCUCUUGGACAAGGUCCAGAGUCCUGUCUUUGUAGGCGACGCGGAGGGGGACCUAUUUAUCAAGUCCGAACAGCCUCAGCUUGUAGCUGAAGGCUUGGGCAGCUUGGCCACUUACAAACAGUUCACGAAGGCUGAGUCGGCCGACGCACAUUGUCAUCUUGGGGCUACGGUCUACGCAAACCAGGUGAUGCUAGGGUGGUUUGAAGAUCAAAUUGCAACUCCGAAUUGA